AUGUUGUUGGUACGUGCUGUUCAGUGUUCGAGAAUUUUGAGACCGAUAGGAAAGUUUGCAUUUUUGCGUUAUGCACCUUCCAUCUUGUCGUCUAAUGGUGCCUUAAGGACAAAGUGGUUGUCAGGAAAGGAUGCAGAAGGCCCAGAAAUAGCUGUUGGUCCAAAAAGUGGAGCAGAUGAUGAUCCGAUCACAAAUACAACGGAUAAACCAUAUCUUGGUGAACCAGAUGACCCACCAUUACAGAUGUAUUAUCGGGAAGCACCACCUCAAAGCACCACACGUCUGGAAAACUUGAUGAUCACUUUAACAAGUUCUUUGCUGUGGGGCUGGUUUGUAUAUCAUUUGUAUUACAACUAUGGCGACUUGAUCGUUGGUGAAUAUUAUAUUCCUUCUCCAGAAGAAUUUUCGGAUGAAGAACUAGGAAUCCCACCAGACGAUGCACCGGAUCCAGAAUACUGGGGUGAUCAUCCAUUGUCUAGAGGCAUGUAG